GGUAGUUAGUCACUGUCCUCGAUUUAGCAGCUGACAGUAAUUAUUUUACCGAUAUAAAUGUUCUAAAGGAAAAUGGGAAAAGUUUGUUAGCUAGCACCAAUAGGCUGGUGUGGAGAAAGAUGUGCAUAGGGCUUUUUUUUACUGUUUUUGUACAAAAUGCAUGAAUGCGAAAUGAGGCGGCUAAAUGAGUGUUCUGUAUGUGCUUUAUUCUAAGAUGCAUACAUCGCUGACUUUUAUUUUAAUAUUGGCUUUGUUGUACGGAAUAAAUGCCUACAAAUAUUUGGUUGUCAGUCCACUGCCGGGUAAAAGCCAUGGAAUUUUGGGAGAAGCAAUGGUUACGCAUUUAGCUAAUGCUGGACACGAGAUAACUUAUGUAACUGUGUUUCCGCCAAAGAAGCCAGUACCACGCGUAACUAUUGUUGAUCUAAGCGAUAAUCUGAAAUAUUUUCCAUCAGAUAGUGGCAUGAAUCUGAAGGUCGUUAUGGAUAACGCACACGAUGGUAACAGUUUCUUAACUAUAGUACCAAGUCUCAUGAAUAUAAGCAGGAACACUCUGGAACACCCAAAUUUACAAAAGUUAAUAAGAGACAGAAAUCAAAAGUUUGACGCUGUGAUCACUGAAUGGAUGUUCAACGAAGUAUAUGCUGGGUUUGCUGGAGUUUUUGACUGUCCUUUGAUAUGGUUCUCAACAGUACAACCUCACUGGAUGGUUGUGCGACUGGUAGAUGAGGUACCCAAUCCAGCUUACACAGUAGACAUUUUAUCUGAUAACAUUCCACCUUUAACAUUUCUGCAGCGAGUCGCAGAGUUGUUGUUACAAACGAUGGGCAGGCUUAUACAAACAUUUUGGGUAUAUGGCCUUGAAGAAGAUAUCUAUAAUGAAUUUUUUGUACCGGUUAUUCGUCAUAGAAAUAAUACCGUACGAUCUUUUGAAACACUGAGGUAUAAUGUUUCUUUAAUUUUGAGCAACUCCCACGUUUCGAUGGGUGUUCCAGCACGAUUGCCAUCUAAUGUAAUCUCAAUUGGAGGGUAUCAUAUUAGCCCAAAAGUGAAGCCAUUACCUGAGGAUCUGCAAAAAGUUAUGGACAAUGCCAAUCAUGGCGUGAUUUAUUUUAGCAUGGGUUCAAACUUAAGAAGCAAUCAAUUCCCAGAAGAGGUUAAAGCAGAGCUGAUAAAAAUGUUUGGUAAAUUUAAGCAGACAGUGAUAUGGAAAUUCGAAGAGGAUUUACCCAAUAGACCCAACAACGUUCAUAUUGUGCAGUGGGCACCACAACAAAGCAUUUUAGAACACAAGAACUGUAUUUUAUUCAUCACACACGGAGGUCUACUCUCAAUAACCGAGUCGAUGCAUUAUGGAGUACCCUUAAUUGGAAUACCAGUUUUUGCUGAUCAAUUUGUAAACGUAGCGCGAGCUGUUAAAAAAGGCUACGCGCUUAAAGUAGAUUUAUCUUAUGUGAUGGCUGCAGAUAUGGAAACAGCAAUUAAAACAAUAAUUGAUAAUCCAAAAUAUGCAGCGCGGGUGAAGGAAUUGUCACAAAUAUACCACGACAGGCCCAUACCACCGGCGAAGGAACUAGUUCAUUGGGUAGACCAUGUUGUAAGGACACAAGGCGCACCACAUCUUCGCUCUCCAGCCUUCAUGGUACCCUGGUACCAAAAGUUCUACUUAGAUUUUAUUUUAGCUUUAAUAGUCCUCUUUUUUAUUUUAAAACAUGGUUCGAAAUCGAUAAAGAGUAUGAUAUUAGAAAAAAGAAAAGAAAAAAUUAACUAG